AUGAUAACGAAUCAUUUACCACGACAAAGUAUAUCUCGAUUAUGUUUAACAUGUACACAGGGAUACGGUCUAUUUCUACCGACCUUGUAUCGUCAUCUCGAACUAGGCCAUCGUACGCAAAUAAAGCAGUUAGCACAAGGCCUUAUUCGAAACCGUUUUUUAAAGGAAACUGUUCAACAACACACACAUAUCCUCACACUCAGUUGUCGUCAAGGAGGAAACAGUCAUGACUUGAUCAUCUUACUUUUCAAUCAAUUACCCAAUAUAAAGCAACUCUAUUUUCGUGACUUCUUAAACCUGUCCGUCCAAAGGAUAGUCAACGUCCUUCAUCGUUUACCCAACCUGACCCUAUUAGACUUUAGCUAUUGCGACUUGAAGGAAAGUGAGGAGGAGGAGGAGGAACUGGUGGUUUUAGAAGGUAUCACUACCUUAAACCUUGUCUGGACGGAUUUCUCGACGGCCGCUAUUCGGCAACUGUGGAUGAUGACUCCGAACCUAACCCGUGUUCAUUUGGGUGCAAAUCAUAAUCGGCAGAAACUCACCAACGAUACAGCUUUAAUUGCACUGACCGAAUCCUGUCCGAGGAUCAACGACCUUGAGGUCUCGUUACAGCAAGUACAGGAAGAUUCGAUCUGUAAACUCAUUCAGACCUAUGGUUCACAAUUAGAGCGAUUGUCCGUUCGAUGCGAGGGUAAUGAUACCUUACGGUCUAUCGCUCAUCAUACACAAAGUUUACAACAGUUGAUACUUCGCUGCAAUUACUCUGGCUAUUAUAAUCAUCAUGUCAUGCAUAUCUUUCAACAGUGUCAAUCACUGACGCAUUUGGAAAUGGUGAGUUGGCCCUUACAGGAUGUGCCUACCAUUGUAUUAGAUCAACUGAGGUAUAGACAUAUUGAGACCUCCACUUCUUCCUCUAUCUCGGCACCUACCUCCUCUUAUAUUGAAGGUAUCAAGCGUACGGUUGCCCUUGAUAGGUUAGAUUUGCAGGAAAUACGUAGACUCUGUCCAUCGUGA